AUGCUACGCUCCCUCCUGUCCCUCCCUCGCGCUUCCAUUUUCUCUUCUAGUAAUAUUCGUCCUUGUCGUGCAUUAGUCCCAAUAACUUUAUGGUUACAAAAUGGAACGCGAUCAUAUGGUGCAAUGAAUGAAAAUAACAAGACAUCGAUUAUGCUGCAAGUAGAGGACGGUCCUGGUGCACUACAAGAGACACUCAAGUUCUUUUGGAAGCAUGAUGUGAACAUGACACGCAUUGAAUCACGUCCUGCUAAAGGCCAUAAUAUGAACUACUGUUUUUAUAUUGAUUUUGAGGGUAAACGAGGACAAGCAGAUGUGGAUGAACUCAUGGCGGACCUUUCAAAGAAUUGUUUGGAUGUUAUGGUGCUUCACGAUAAGAAAGUACCAUGGUUUCCUCGCAAGAUCAAGGAGCUUGAUCGCUCGGUGGCUAAUAUACUCGAUGCUGGAACAGAUCUCGAGUCAGACCACCCGGGUUUUAGUGACCAAGAGUACCGUAAACGCCGGAACAUGUUUGCUGAUUUGGCCCAUAAACACCGCCAAGGAGAUGCCAUUCAGCAUAUAGACUACACGAAAGAUGAGGUGAAAACUUGGGGAGUCAUUUACAAGCGAAUGAAGGAGAUGUGGAAGCAACACGCAUGUGAUGAAUUCAACUACAUUGUUCCGCUACUCGAGAGCAAUUGUGGUUACGCUGAAGACAACAUUCCGCAGCAGCAGGAUAUUUCAAACUUUCUUAAGGAAUGUACGGGUUUCGUUCUGCGUCCGGUAGGAGGACUUUUAUCAGCACGUGAUUUUUUGAAUGGGCUUGCGUUUCGAGUGUUUUUCUCGACUCAAUACAUUCGCCACCACUCGAUGCCGUUGUACACACCGGAGCCUGAUAUUUGUCAUGAGCUGAUGGGCCACGCGCCAAUGUUUGCUGACCCUGACUUCGCUGACUUCUCGCAUGAAGUUGGUCUUGCCUCUCUUGGAGCAUCAGACGAAGAGAUCGAGCGUCUUGCCACGUGCUACUGGUUUUCUGUUGAAUUUGGACUUACGAAGCAGCAUGGCGAGUACAAGGCCUACGGUGCUGGACUGCUUUCAAGUUUUGGCGAGAUGGAGUACGCCUGUGCGAGCAACACUUCUGCGGAUACUGCUGUGCCGGAGUAUCGUCCUUGGGAUCCAUUCUCUGCUUGCAAGCAGGAGUACCCCAUUACAACCUACCAGCCUGUGUACUAUGUGGCUGACAGUUUGUUUGACGCCAAGGAAAAGAUGCGCGGAUUUUGUGAAGACCUCAAGAAGCCAUUCCAAGCUCGGUACAACCCGUACUCCCAAACGGUGACCAUUGACCGUGCCGUUCAGCGUCAGGGAAAGCUAGCAUGCUGGUGCAUGCUGGUUCUCACAGUAACGAUGUGGCGUCAAUUAGGUCUUGCUGGACGGGCGCUACUUUGCCAUUUGGCCACAAUAACAUCUUCAGUUAGAACAUGGCAUUUGCUAUAA